AUGUUGAAUUUAUUCGUUGCUGUUAUUAUGGAUAAUUUUGAUUAUUUAACACGAGAUUCAUCUAUAUUAGGUGCACAUCAUCUUGAUGAAUUUAUUCGAGCUUGGUCUGAAUAUGAUCCUGAUGGAACUGGAAAAUUGGAAUAUACAAAAAUGUUUGAAAUGCUGAGACUUAUGUCACCACCUGUUGGAUUUGGAACUAAAUGUCCAUCGAAAUUAGCAUACAAACGUUUAAUUCGUAUGAAUAUGCCAAUUGAUGAUAAACGUCAAGUACAUUUUACUACAACACUUUUUGCGCUUAUUCGUGAAUCUCUUGGUAUUAAAAUACGUAGUGUUGCUGACGAAAUGGAUGAAGCCGAUAAUGAAUUACGUCAAGUUAUAUGUAAAUUAUGGCCUACUCUUGCAAAAAAAUCUAUUAAAUUACAUGAAGGUGGAACAAAACCAUUACUUGAUCUUGUUGUACCAUCUAAACAUGAAUUACAUGGUACACCUGGACAUCCGAAAUUAACUGUUGGAAAAGUUUAUGCUAUUUGUUUAUAUAUUGAUAAUUAUCGUUCAUAUAAACAAGGUCAUCCUAAUGAUACUAGUUUCCAUUUAAAUCGACUUGUUACAGUACUUAAAGAACGUGCACAUUCAAAAGAAGCUAUUUAUGAACUUGAUCAUGAUGGACGACGACCAUCAUGUCGUCUUCCGGAAAAUUCGCAACGUUCGGGAUCAAAUCGAUCAUCGCAAAAUCUUGAAAAUACUUUUUCCGGUAAAAGUAAAUUGUCAAUAAGUGGUGAAUCAGGUGUUAAUCUUGAAAAUGGACAUAUCAAUCCACCAGUUAAUAAAGUUCCAAAUUUAAUUAAUCUUGAUGAAACACGACGAGCUAGUCAACAACCUUCAGAUGGUUUUAUCACUCAAAGUCAAUAUGGUAAAACAUUAAGUGUACCAAAUGCCAAUGUUCUUCAUGCAUUGCCAGUCACAACACCAGCAGCACCAAAAGGUCCACCUCGACCUGCAAUAAUGACAACACCAAAAUCAUCAACAAUAGUUUCAAAAAAUUCUUCAACUAAUUUAUCAUCAAUAGAAACACGACCAUUAUUAGUUGUAACAACAACAAUAAAUGAUCAACAAAAACCACAAACAAUAACUGUACCUAAUGGUCGUCGUUUGCCAUUAAAUGGACGUAUGGCAACAGUCGCUUCAUUAAAACAACGUCAACAACCACGAAUGCCAAUAAUUAACACUAAUCAUCAAAUAAUCAAUGAAACAACAUCAAAAAAAAAUAUUAACAAUCGACCACGAACAGCAUUAUUAUUUAAUGCAACACAUCAAUCAUCUGAACAACAUCAACCAUUAUUAAAUAAUGAAAAUGAUAUAACAAAUCGACAUGAUUCAAUUGAUAAUGAAAGUACUAAUUGGUCAACCGCACCAAAAAUCAUACUUCCGUCAACUCGAACAUUACCUAUGCAAAAUUCCUUAUCAGUAAUGAAUACAGUUCGACCACGACCACAAUUAAAUAAUACUUCUCGUCAAUUACCAACAUUACCUUUACGACAAUUACCAAAUAUAAAUAAAUCGAAUACAUCGAAAGCAUAUUUCGAUUUACAAAAUGAAGACGAAGAAAUUGUAACAGAAAAAAUUAAACGUACUGGUGAAUUAUUUUAUUAUCAAACAUCAUCAUCAUCAUCAUCAUCAAAUUCAAAUGAUUCAUUAACAUCAGACAAUUCUAAUAAUAGAAAUAAUGAAGAACAGAUUCAAACUGAUCAACAAGAAGAUUAUGAUGAGGAUGAUGAUGAGGAUGAUGAUGAUGAUAAUAAUAAUAAUAAAAAAACUCAAAGAUUACAAAGUGAUGAUGAUGAUCAAACUUCUCCGUUUGAAUAUGAUGCAUAA